CAACGCCACGACCGUCGUCGCCAUGACGGGCCUGUUCAGCAAGUUCAAGACCGGCACCGGACCGUCAAGUCCGGGCCAGAAUGCGAAUGCGUCGAAGAAGCAGCAGCAGGAGCCUGUGGUGGAGUUGACGCCGCUGGAGAAGAUGUUGCUCAAUGCUGGACCUAUCCGACCUGAUGGGAGCGAUAAGUUCUUUGGGAUGGAAAAUUUUGGAAAUACCUGUUAUUGCAAUUCAAUCGUUCAAGCUCUAUACUACUCCAUACCAUUCCGAGAACAUGUACUACAAUACCCCCCUCAUUCGCCUCACGACACCCCGAACGCAAACCCAAAACCCGUUAUAUCGAGCUCCAUGAAUGGAGGAGCAGUUCACCCGCAAACCGCAAAGGGAUUGUCGGCAGCAGAAGCAGCGAAGCGGCGAGCGGCCGUAGCGGCAACGCCACCUCCGCAGGCGCCCCCGGGUCAAGUUAGACCAGAAGAUAAGCCAGACUCGCCAGAAUAUAAAAAGAAGCAGGCCAUGCUGGCAGGGCCUAUCGUGGAUUUGACGUACGAGAAUGCCCGUCAGUAUGGCAUGGAGGAAUCCACCUUCACGGCGUUGAAGGACAUUUUCACGACGCUCAUACAGUCACAGACGAGGAUGGGUAUACUCAGCCCACAGAGGUUUUUGGAGAUCUUCAAGCGGGACAAUGAGAUGUUCCGCACUACCAUGCACCAAGAUGCACACGAAUUUUACGGAAUCUUGCUCAAUGCUGUGAUUACAAAUGUAGAAGAAAAUGCGAGGAGACUCAAAGAACUAGAGCCGCCCAAGAAUGAAGAAGCUCUGGGCGACGGCAUGAUGUCGGCUUUUGCUAAUGCGGCGUCGGCGAUGGGCCUAUCAACUGGUGCUCAGUCCCCUGGGACCGGAUGGGUUCAUGAUAUCUUUGAGGGUGUUUUGACGUCUGAGACUAAAUGCCUUACUUGCGAAUCUGCGUCUCAGCGAGACGAGACAUUCAUUGAUCUGUCAAUCGACUUAGAACAGCACUCGUCGGUCACGUCCUGCCUCCGGAAAUUUUCUGCGGAGGAAAUGCUGUGCGAGAGAAACAAGUUUCAUUGCGACAACUGUGGUGGGCUGCAAGAGGCUGAGAAACGCAUGAAGAUCAAGCGGCUGCCGAAGAUCCUGACGCUACACUUGAAGAGAUUUAAGUAUACCGAGGAUAUGACGCGUCUGCAGAAGCUGUUCCAUAGAGUCGUGUAUCCAUACCAUUUACGUAUGUUCAACACCACAGACGACGCAGAGGAUCCGGAUAGGCUUUACGAACUCUACGGCGUUGUUGUGCACAUUGGUGGAAAUGCAUACCACGGUCAUUACAUAUCAAUUAUCAAGACAAAAGAUAGAGGCUGGUUAUUAUUCGAUGACGAGAUGGUCGAGCCCGUUGAUAAGCACUACGUGCGCAACUUCUUUGGCGAUAAGCCGGGAAUGGCAUGUGCGUACGUCCUGUUCUACCAGGAAACGACGUUAGAAGCUGUUCGCAAGGAGCAAGAGGCCGAGGGUGUCGACGAGGUUGCGAUUGCUACCGAAGAAGCUGGCAUCCCAACCACGCAACCGCAGACACCCGGUGCGAACGGAAGCCUGAUCUCGAGGCAGAUGACACUGCCUCCGACGCCGGCCAAGGACGAAGUACUACCACCCCUAGCCCAUGCACAAACGAACCCCACACUAUCGACUUCCCCUGAAAUGCACCCAGCGGUGCCAGACACAAUAGCACAGUCCCUACCAUCGCAAUUCGAGGCGCCCAAGAAGGCCGACCGCGCAGCCGCGAAGAAGGAGAGCAAGGAGGCUGAGAAGGCGAGGAAGCAGGCUGAGAAGGAGAAGGCUGCAGCCGAUAAGGAGAAAGCCAAGGCGGACGAGAGGCAGAGGAAGGAGCUCGAUCAAAGGCGCAAGGAGGCGCAGAGGACGCAAGCUGAGGCGCUGAAGAAUGCGAUGAACGCGAGUAAGAUCUCGGCGGCUGAGGAUGAGGAGAAGCGCCGGCGCGAGGCUGCGUCGUCGUCGUCUUCACUAGCGACUGGACCGGCCGAUAGCAGCAGCAGCAACAUCAACAUCAACAACAGUAAGAAGGAGAAUGGCUUCAUCAGCGGUCUGACCGUCAACCGCAAUCGCCCGGGUGCGAAGAGCAUGAGUCGUCGGUCGCUGGGAUGGCUGAAGAAUGACUCGUCGAAGGGAGAGGUGGCGGUGGAUGGCGAUCAGGCUAUACCGCCUAUCCCGGAUCGGUUGGCGAAGCCGGCGAAGGAGAGGUUUAGCUUUAGUUUGGGGAGGAAGAAGAGUAAUCUUUCGCCGCAAUAGUGAGGUGGGGGGUGGAUUGAAUGGG